AUGUUCAGAUUAAUCAAUCUAUAGCUUAAAUUUGGAGAUGGAAUUACUGGCGAUUUCUCAAUUGAAUACAUAGAUCUGACUUUAGACUAAAAGAUAAUUACGUUUGCUGGCUAUGGAUAUUCUAAUAGUUCAUUCACAAAUAUCCCAAUUAUAGGUGCUUACGCCAAGUAUGAUUAAAUUAGCAAAGUUACUUGGCUUAAAACUCUCAAAUCUUCGUAAUAAGUUUCUAGAGUUUCUGCUAUUGCUUUAAGCUAUACUCAGGAAUAUUUACUUGUUACUGUAAGUAAUAUGUUCGGCUUGCUACUUUUGAAUGUUCAAAAUGGCUAAAUGAUAUAUUCAGGAAUUGGCUAAACACAGACUUAUGAUGAAAUACCAAAUUACGGAGCAUUAAUGGAUAAAAACGAUGACAUAUUUGUAAUUUACUAGACUUAAACGUAAAAUAAUGUAAUAAUUCAAAAAUUCUCCUUUGAUCUUAAACAAACUAUUUGGAAGUAAGUACUGAUUGAAUCAGGUAAACCAAGUGCAAUAAGCUUGAUAAAGAUUGAUACAACUACAGCAGAAUCUACUAUUUGGAAUCUAGAGUUUACCAAAAGUGACUUUUACAAUGCAAAGACAUAUGAUCUUAGAGUAGAGGGUAAAUACGCAGCAGGCUGCUUUUAUUCUGAAAAAUUAGCUGGAUAUAUUGCUUUUAAUGAAGAUUCAAAUGACUUUAAUGUAAAAUAUCUUACAAACUCAGGGUUUCUUUGCCUAGGAAUUCAUCUUCUGCCAAAUUCCUCUAUUGCUUUUUUUUACCGUCUACAAAGUACAGGUGUUGAUAUUAGAUACUGGAUGACUUAUGAUCCAUUUGGGGAUAGUAAUCUAUAAUUUUAGCUUUAUUCCUUUAACUAUGCUUCUCAAUAUGGGAUUAAUAGCAAGUUUUAAUAUUUUAAAUCAGUUGAUUGGAUGCAUUUCUAUUUCAUUGGAAAUGAUGGGGGAUAAAAAACAAAAGGCUUUAUCGAAUCUAAUUUUCCUUCGCAGUCUUGCAGAGAACCCCCAAAAUUAAGAGACCAAAGUUCUAGAAAUAAAAUUGAUGCUGGAUUAAUGAUAAAAAUUCUCUAAAAAAUUGGUGUUAGUAAUGGAUUUACCAAUUAAAAUAUAUCAAUCUAAACUGUCGAUACCACAAAAACUAUAUUAACAUCCAAUGAAAACUGUGAGCAGCCAGUUCUCGUGACUAUUUAAAACCCUAUAGUUUAUAAUCCUUCAUUUAUCUGCUAAGUGAAUCAACCUUGUAAUAUAGAAAUAGGAUAGUAUUAUUUACCUUAGAAUUGCACUGAUGCUCCUUAAUUAGUGUAUACAUUAUUAGAUAGCUAAAAUUAAAGUUUUCCUCUUAUAUAUCAGUAGUUGAUGGUUGAUGAUUUUGUAAAUAUAACAUUCAACCCAAGUUAUCAAUAAAUUGGAAUUAGAAAGUAUUAAAUUACUGCUCAAAUGUUGUUAAAUGGCUAAGUUUAUAUCGAAAAUACUGAUGUCAAUUUUAAUGUCACUGUUCAAGAUAUAUGUUAAUCAAGCUUUAAUUUCCUUAAUAUUCCAAAUUUAUAAGAUUAUUACUACUUAGUUGGAAGUUCACCAAUUUUAAUUGAUUUCAAAUCAAUAUCCUGGGAACCUGCUCACUGUUCUGAUGAAAUUAUUUUCACAAGCAAUCUUCCGGAGUUUAUUACUUUAAAUAGCUGA